UACUGUUCCAUCAGGCACAGAAGGUUCUGCCUCAGGAUGGGUGCUGUGCCAUAGUGACUGAAAUUCAGGUUUCUUGUUGUGCAGUAACGUAUUUUCUUCCCCCUUACAGGUAUCCUCUGACAAAUUACACAUUUGGCACAAAGGAGCCACUGUAUGAGAAGGACAGUUCCGUGGCAGCUCGGUUUCAGCGCAUGAGGGAAGAGUUUGACAAGAUUGGCAUGAGGCGGACGGUGGAAGGGGUUCUGAUUGUACAUGAGCACAGGCUGCCCCACGUGCUGCUGCUGCAGCUGGGUACAACUUUUUUCAAGCUACCUGGUGGUGAACUCAAUCCGGGAGAAGAUGAGGUAGAAGGGCUCAAACGCUUAAUGACAGAGAUACUGGGCCGUCAGGAUGGGGUUCAGCAAGACUGGGUGAUUGAUGACUGCAUUGGUAACUGGUGGAGACCAAACUUUGAACCUCCACAGUAUCCAUAUAUCCCAGCUCAUAUUACAAAACCGAAGGAGCACAAAAAGCUUUUCUUGGUCCAGCUUCAAGAAAAGGCUUUGUUUGCAGUCCCAAAAAAUUACAAGCUGGUCGCUGCGCCGUUGUUUGAGCUCUAUGACAACGCACCGGGGUAUGGACCCAUUAUUUCCAGCCUUCCUCAACUUUUGAGCAGGUUCAACUUUAUUUACAACUGAAUUCCCGUGUACCUGAAGAGUCUGACAGAAGAAGCCGUCUCUGUGAGCACAGCUUUAAAAUGUAGAGAAAAGAAUACGUGUGACCCAAGGAUUUUUUUAAAUGUCGUUCUUUUCCUGAAGGCCACGAAACUUUCUAUUGUUUGAAUAGAGAAGUGAAUCUCAACUGUUUAGGUAGUGGGGAUGGCAGUGUGAUAUCAGUGUUUUAAUUACUUUUCAUUGUAAUACUCACCAAAUUUUUUUUUUGUACAACAUUAAACAAAAUGGUUAAGAUUC